CGGAACUCACGCCGAGACCUUGAAUGCUCGUUUGGGAGCUCAGUCGUUCUGACAUUUGAGGUGAUCACGAUUGUCUUCACAUCAUAACAGUACUCAUGGCUUUUCUACUGAAGAGGAGCAAGCUCACUGUAACAUGUGCGUACCAGAGCCUUCGCUGCCUCAGUACGCCGGCAUUCCAGACCUUCAUAGCUGAGAAUGAGCCUAUGUACGACUAUGGCCCUGGCAGUCCAGAGAAACAGCAACUGGAUGAGGCAUUGAAACGUCACAGUGCACAAGUUGCUGAUGUUCCAAUAGUGAUCGGAGAUGAGGAGAUCCGAUCGGGAACAGCGAAGUACCAGGUUGAGCCAUUUGAUCACCAAAAGAAGAUAGCCAAGUACUAUUAUGCAUCUCCAGACCAAAUAAAGAAGGCCAUUGAUGUGAGCCUUGCAGCCCGAGCAGCAUGGGAGAGGACGUCUCUGGAGAAGAGGUCGGAGGUGUUUCUACGAGCUGCAGACCUUAUGAGCAAGAAAUACCGAUAUGACCUCCUAGCAACCACAAUGUUAGGCCAGGCCAAGAAUGCUUGGCAAGCAGAAAUAGAUUCAGCCGCUGAACUGAUUGACUUUCUGCGAUUCAAUGUCAUGUAUGGCAGGGAACUGACAAAGAUGCAGCCAUUGAAUACCUCUCCAAAUCUCCAAAACCGAUCGAUCUACAGAGGAAACGAGGGAUUUUGGGCAGCUGUUACACCAUUCAACUUCACCGCUAUUGGUGGUCAUCUUCCUGCUGCACCAGCUCUUAUGGGCAAUGUGUCGCUAUGGAAGCCGUCCGACACUGCAAUCCUGUCAAACUACACAGUAUACAAGAUUUACAGAGAAGCAGGGCUCCCGGCUGGUGUUAUUAACUUUCUCCCUGCUGAUGGGCCUGUGUUUGGUGACGCCGUCACCAGCUCACCACAUCUGGCUGGCAUUAACUUUACAGGCAGUGUCAAGACUUUCAAGCACUUAUGGAAACAGGUGGCCCAGAACAUGGAUGUCUACAGGACAUACCCUCGACUAAUUGGAGAGUGUGGCGGCAAGAACAUGCACUUCGUCCACAGCUCUGCUAAUUUGGAAUCUGUCAUCAAUGGCACGGUCCGAUCAGCUUUGUUCAAUGGUCAGAAGUGCUCUGCAUGCUCCCGGAUGUAUAUUGCCCAGUCACUUUGGCCCAAGGUCAAGGAGGGCAUGCUGGAUAUCCACAAACAAAUAAACAUGGGCUCGCCGUUAGAGAAGGAAUCUUUUGUUACAGCUGUCAUUGAUGAUAAGGCAUUUGCCAGGAUUAAGGGAUAUCUGGAUCAUGCGAAGUCUUCGUCGAACCUGAAGGUGAUUGCUGGGGGAAACUGUGACGACAGUAAGGGAUACUUUGUGGAACCAACGAUAGUUGAAUCAAGUGAUCCAGAGGAUAAAAUAAUGAACGAGGAAAUAUUCGGCCCUGUAGUUACUGUGUAUGUCUACCCUGACGAGAAAGCAGAGGAGGUUGCCAAGCUAGCCAACCAGACAUCACCUUAUGCACUGACAUGUGCCAUAUAUGCAGAGGACGAGAAAGCGAAAAACCAGCUGUGUGAUAUUUUCCGUGACACUGCUGGUAACUUCUACAUCAACACCAAGUCUACAGGAUCAGUGGUGGGCCAGCAGCCCUUCGGCGGAGCUCGACUUUCAGGUACAAACGACAAGGCUGGUGGUCCCCACUACUUGUUGAAGUUCACCUCCAUCCAGUCGGUCAGUGAAGUGAAGGAACCACUCACAGAAUGGCGAUAUCCCUCCAUGAACUGAACUACCAAUCCCAGCUGAGAGAGUGAAGCGCCUGUGUUCCGUGAAUGAAUGUGUGAUCAGUCAGCGUGGAUUGGCAGUAUAUUCCAUAUUCCAGUGCUAGGAAAGAUUUUAUUUUGAUUGUAUAGCUGGCUGUAUUGAGCUAUUGAACAAAGGAACUGUUUUUAGUCGCUGUAAGUAUAGUGUAAUAGGAUGAACAAAGCCAUGUUGAGAUUGAAAGCAGUGAGAUUAGCUUGAUGUUAAUAUAGUGAGGGGAAUGGAUGGCCAAGUUGCCAGAGGCACUGCAUGUUUAGGUGAAGGGUUGUCUCCCUUAGAUGUGCCACAAAUGAGAGUGUACGUUCGACUUCCAGUUAGAUCAGAUCUGAUUAUGUUUCUAGCAUUAUACCUGUGCUCCUUGGUUUACCAAUGUAGCUAAACAUUGAAAUACUGCGUCACUUUGAGCUUUCCUCAACCUGACACAUCAUGAUAUAACUGAAAUAUUUUUAAGUCGGCAAUUUACCCCAGUAAGUCAUUCACUUUUAUAUAGUAAUUCACUGUGCAGGGUUGUCUCCCCUGGUGUGCAGGAUCUGAUGGUUGUCAUUUGAAUGAAACUAACAAACAACACUCUUGGAAUAUAUGCAAUAUGCACACAGUAAUAUUCUGUUGUAAAACUUUAUACAAAUUCUCUGUUUGAAUCAUAACUUCAGAUGGUUGAGAAAUGCUGUAUCAACGUCACCCAUGAUUCUUGAUUUGUCAACUUCUGCUCGUUGAUUUCAAGUUAUAACUGCUACAUAAUGCUCCAACAUCGAAACAGGCCACAUGAAACUGCUGAAAUAGUGAUAAAACCAUCAAACUCCGAAUCAUAUAAUUUUAUUGAAGCCUAUGAACAGUGUCAAGAUUUUCACAGAUCAGAUCCUGUUAGACUGAGGUUUUUAUUCAAAUUUUGUUUGUGUAUAAACUUUGUAUGUGGUAUAUAAUAGGAGUUGACACGUACCUAUAUAUAGAGAGUGUAAAUGUGGAGGAAAACGGGUGGUCGAACGUGAUAGGUUGUAUCCUUCAGCUGUGUCAGGAUCAGCUGGUUUGGGGUUUGUAUCCCAUAGUUGUCUGAAUUUGAGCCAUGCUAUCUUAAACCUUACCAUGAACUUGUAUUCGCCAAAGUGGUAAAUAUCUAUGAAAAGAUUAUUUAGGGCCUGUGAAACAUGAAGGUUUUAAUAUGUUUUGUUGAUACAUGUGAACAUGAUGAGUUUAUGGUUAGAUCUCAGAGGAUAUUUGUAGUGUUUAGGAAAGCAUCAUGUGUUGGCAGCUUCUUACAUCUUUAUCGACUUCAACUCUUGAAGCAUACUGUAAUUUGAGGCCACAAUAAACUGAUUACCGGUAAUAGAUUUUCAUCUUCGCUUGCCUUCCUUCAAACAUCAAGACUGGAGGGCUGUACAAAGACGUCUUGUUAUUAUUCAGAUAUAAUUAAACAAUUCUUCCUUUUCUUGGAUGAAAAUGUGAUAAUUAAUUUAUUUUGGCCAUUUUAUGACUAUGCGAAUCUUUACCAUGUUUACCACUGAUUUUUUCAAUGAUCUGAUUUUUCUUAUGAACCAGAAAUAAUAAACAUAUCAUAAUUUAUCAUAAGAUAAAUAUAUUUGUUUUAGCUUUUCUGGCUGUUUGUUGUAUCCAUUUAUUUCCAUGCUUUUGUUUCAGCUUGAAGUAUUAAGUUUAUAGCAUUGUUGAUGUUUGUUUACAGUUGUUAGGUGUAGCUAUGUGCCAGAAGUCACAUGGCCUGAUUCUCUCAAUUUAAAACAACAGAUUUUCAUAUUUAUCAUAAGCUUUUUCUACCAGUGUGUUUUAUAUAGCUUCUUUUGAAGAUGAUCUCAUGGUUUCAAACAUUGGUAAAGACAUUUUAUUAAUUCAAGAAAAUACAUAAAGCAAGAAUUAAUUUAAUGUUGCCAGUGUGGUUGGGAAUGAGCUCUUGUUUUUAGGGACUAUUAUUGGCAUAUUUAUACGAUGUAUACACAUAUUUUGCUUAGACAGUUUUGUUUUGUCACAGCUGUGUAUGGAAUGUUUUUGUAUGUCCCCUUCAUUGUUACUGUUUUCAUGAUCAACCUAUUGUGAACAAACCGUAGUUGAUUUGACGAAAAAAACAAAAUGUAGGAGAGAUCAAAGCAAAUUAUUUGGACAAAUUUCACUUUGUGGGUGGGCCAGUGGUUUAACACGUUGACUGCCACCAUGAGUAUACUCAUAUCAAUGUCUGGCCCAAUAUGCCGCUACGAGUUAUCUCGUAGCUAUAUCGGUGGUAUUUUGAAACAGGUUUCACAUGUUGGCAAAACUGGCAGAAGAAGCAAUCGUCUCCACCACUGAUGUAGCUACGAGAUAACUCGUAGUGGCUAAUUCGGCCAGAAUUGAUACUACGAGUAUACUCGUGAUAGGCAGUCAACGUGUUAAGAUGGUGAUAUUCAUUUAUACCCUGUUUUCAUGGGUUCAGAUCCCAACGUUUCACCAUUCUUUUAGGUUGUAAACAUUUGUAAGCCGUUAUAACCUCAGACACUGGAGUCAUUGUCUCUCUGUUAAUAUAAUAGUCUGUGAGGACGUGUAGUACUGUCGAAGGUAAUGGUGACUGCUUCAUCAACGAAAACAUGGUGGAUGUGUGCGUUUCUUUAGGAAUUGAGUAUAUAUAGAGCUUUCGGGUAGUUUUACAAUUCAUGUUUUGAUUCUGCAUUUACAAGAGCAUUGUGAAAGUGCUGUACUUGACCACUCAUCAGAUAAUGUUUCCAAGCACUGAGGUUUCCAUUGGGUAAAUAAAGCUAAUUUUAUGCUUGUGUGCGUUGUUAAAUUCAAGUCUGGUUUAGCGCUGUGAAGUUUCCGGUAUACAAAUGGUUCUGUGUCAUAAUUCAACUGAAAUGGAUUUAGGAAUCGUCUGCAAACUGUGUCGGUGGUGGACAUUUAUGCUCUGUUAUUCACAUGUGUCGUGAUAUAGUUGAACAUCGCUGCGGUGUUGCAUUACCUCGCAUGUAAUCUAGUAUUGUCAUGGCUUAAUGACCUAACAUUCAGUUUGACACAAGAUUAAACAUGUUGAUUGCAAUAAAGACUUAUGACGUUACUGCAUGUUUGCUGUAGGUAUCUGAGACUGUUAUAUGCUGUGACUACAAUCUCUUGUACAUACCAUUUAUCAUUUAUUUGUGCCUUAGAAUGUUGUUGUUUUUUGAGUGGGUUAUCAGUAACAAUGUUCUUGAACAACGAACAGCGUAAUUUGGAUUAUGGGUGCAGCCGAACCCUGGUUGAGCAGUAAUGGUGCUGCAAGUACCGUAUUUCCUUGUGUAAAGUGCCCACUUUUUAAACAAAUACAGCUCUGUAGUUGGGAUGUUGAUCACUGAAUUGUCUGGUCCAGACAUAUAGCUGGAAUAUUGCUGAGUGCGACUUAAAACUAAACUCACUCACUGUAGUUGGGAUUGCACAUAAUGCUAAGAUACAAAUUUUUUCUCAUCACCAUUUUUGGGCCCCCAAGGGAAUGAAAAUUACUGUGAGCGUGUAACACAGGAGGAAAGUGUCAAGAAAGCCAUGGUUACUUUGUAGCGAACAUGGAUCUUGCAAUUUUCUAGUAACAUGAACCCAAGAAUGGGGGGUGUGCAUUGAAGUGUACAAUAUACAAAGAAAAAGGCACUAUCCCUAUUAAUAUAAUGUGAUGAAAACUACGUCUUAUCAACUCUCAUGUUUGUCGUGUAUGAGGUGAUGAUGUAGACUGGAACUGUCAGUCACUGGAUUGUCUGGUCAAAUCUUGAUUAUUUACUAGCCACUGUCAUAUUACAAAUGGAAUAUUGUUGAGUAUGGCUUAUGAAGCAAACACUUUUUAUUUUGACAAGAAGUACUAAAUAGGUAGUAUAAACAUUGUCUAUAAUUGAUUCUAAAAAGAUAAGGGGGGUCCAGUCAAUGUCAAGGCAUUUAUUCUCAUUUAAUCAUGAUUCAAGAUGAAAAAAGGGCAUAUAUUUUUCACAGUAUUAUUUCAUGACAAACGUCUGUUACACAAAGUGAUACUUUUUCUCUAUUUUAAUAAGUUAAUUGUUGAACAAGCCAAGAACUACACUUUUCCGUGAGAAAUUCCAAGAGAAAUUCACUUCAAUCAGUGUAUGAAAUAAGCCAAAAGCCCAGCCAGACAUCAGGGCUGGUAACUUGAAAAUGUUACCAGCCCAAAAUGGAUUUAAACAGACCAGACACCAAGCAAGAUAUGGUGAAUUUACUCAGAUGUAUGGAACAUCUAAAAUUUUUACCAGACCAUCGGGCUGGCUAGCUGGAAAUCUAGACUGUCCGUCAGAUAUCUAGCCCGUCUCGGGCGGUCGGGCGGUCGGACGGACAGGCCUUAUUUCAUACACUGCUUCAAUAUGAUCUUUUCUGAAGAAAGUAAGAAAAUGUUUGUGAUGAUGAAUUUGUUAUUUUGUAGCUGUGCUUGCUUAGUAACCGAUUGGGAUAUAAAUGAAAUAAUAUUCAAAGAUCAAAGUCUUGAGAUUUCCACAAAUCAUGUUCAGAAAUAGCUUCAAUGUAGUUUUCAAUUAGUCAGUCAGCAGAUGAACAUGUUACAAUUGUUGUGAUUUGGAUUUCUUUUUAGAAAACAACAUUAAAUACAUGUAUAAAGCCAAGGUGUCUGUGAACACAAUAAAAAUAUACUCUGUUUA